UUUUGACAUUGUGAAGAACCCCAUGGAUCUUUCCACAAUUAAACGCAAGUUGGAUACAGGGCAAUACCAAGAGCCGUGGCAGUAUGUGGAUGAUGUCUGGCUAAUGUUCAAUAAUGCCUGGCUUUACAACCGCAAAACAUCAAGAGUCUAUAAAUUUUGCACUAAGCUUGCAGAGGUCUUUGAACAAGAAAUUGACCCUGUUAUGCAGUCCUUAGGAUACUGUUGUGGCCGCAAGUACGAGUUUUCUCCUCAGACUUUGUGCUGCUAUGGCAAGCAGCUGUGCACUAUCCCCCGAGAUGCUGCCUACUACAGCUACCAGAACAGGUGAGUCUUGGUGUCCUCCUGCCCGGAUCAGAAGCAAGGGCUAAGAUUUGAUUUUGUCCGCUUGCCACUUCUUCCUGCUGGAAUCUAGGAGGAGUUUCCUCUUGUCAGAAAAUGUGGUGACAUCUGAGACCACUCUCAUUUAUUUAGGAUAUUUUGGGGGGGUUGCUGCUCUUGGGGUAAUAAGAAAGAAAUAAUAAAUUAACGUUGAUUAGUUGUUGGAUGAAUGCUUCCUCUCCCCUACAUCAUGUCCACCUGCACUGUGAUCUCUGGGCUCUGUAUAAUGUGUGACUAAGCCUAAUUCUGCAUUCCCUGCCACUGUCCCUUUAUUGCAGCCUGCCAAUAAAGGAUGCGCAUGGCAGGCAACAAGACCUAGCUGAAUUCAACUUGGAGGCUCUCGAGUAGUAUGUGCUGUAUGGGAUGUCAGCCCUCUGUGCUUGGGUUGAAAUAUUGUCCACCAGAAUUCUGCAGCUGUUUAUUUUGGAAGAGAUGGAAUGUCUUGCAGGCUUCGCUUUGACUGAGGGAUGCUUUUACCCAUAUAGGUGGGUGAGACAAAUGCUUUGUCUCACUGACUAUAUGGGUGCCCUCUCACGAUGUCCUGUAUCUAGCAAGGAAAAAGGGAGUCUUGGACAUUGCAGACAGAAGCAAAAGAGUGCUUCUAAAAAUGUGGAGAAAACAUCUAAAGGGGCAGAUGGUGGGCUGCCUGGCUUUGGCACACACAUUGCUGGACCUCAUUGCAACCAGUUUGGAUUUGGUCUGUUACAGUGACUCUCUUUGAUAAAACAUCUGGAUAAUCUUGGUGACCAGU